AUGUCUUUCUACUUUCGCGACCGAUCGAAGUUCGGCGAUAGGCUACGUGGUAAAUCUGGUGAUGAACUUUUACAGGAGAUUAAACAACAAUUCGACGAAGAUAGCAAAUCGUUCUUCGAGCCUGCAAAUAGAUCGGGGCGGGACCCUUUUGAACGGCACUCCACUUUCUCAAGGGUGAGCUCUCUUCCCUCUGUGUAAACUUUUUUGUUAUUAAAACCAAAUCGUGGGAGUCGAAGGUACCAGAUCAUUGUUGAACUUAAGUUUCUCAAAUGAUCUUUUUUUACUCGUGUAAAAAGUUUUAACGUCAAGUAUAAGAAUGGUGCCAGGUAAAAUUCGAAUAUCAAAAAGAUAUUACUAUAUGGUGUUGUAUAUUAUAUAUGCUCUGUAUAAUAAUAUAAUAACCUCAAAACUCUCCUUUGACAUUUCAACUAUAAGAUUAACAGCGUAAACUAUUGAGAAACAAAAUUAAAAAUCCUGGCAGUGGUAUUGGGACAGAUACCAGAAUCGUCAAAGUACACUAA